AUGGCUUUCACUGUGGAUUUCAGAGACCAGGGCAGCAGCGGUGGUAGCAGCAGCACCGAUGCAAAAGGAGUGCGAGGAGCAGUGACUAUCUCUGAGGAGAGGAAGGUGUGUACAGGAUCUGAAAAGUUCUUCAAGAUGUGUGAAUCCAAUGAGCUGGACUUGACCUUUCAUCUGUUUGUUUGCGCACUGGCAGGAGCAGGAGCUGCUGUCAUGGCCAUGGUCCAUUUUCUGAUGGCUCUAGCUGCUAAUUGGGGCUACCUGAAGGAUGCCAGUCGGAUGCAAAAGUAUGAGGACAUCAAGUCAAAGGAGGAACAGGAGCUGCAUGACAUCCACUCCACACGCUCCAAAGAACGCCUUAAUGCCUACACAUAAACAUCUCUGUCAGACACACACAAUGAUAAUGCAUGCGCACAAAGGCACUCACACACACACAGACACAAAGGGCACGAUACAAGCCUAAGUCAAUCAGAGAUAUACAAUGUAUACAUUGAUGAAAAAGACAACAAAAACAUGUAAUCAGACACAGAUACAGUCACAAGCUGGUAGACAUUAACAAACAAAUUAUCACUGUACACAAACACCAAUAUCAUCCUCAUGUCAGCAGUAGAUCAUUGGCUCUGGGGGGUCUAUGCUAAAAUCAUCAUGUGAGUUUGCUCCAUCUUUGGUCCCUGUUUUCCUGAAUCAUCUGAUUAAAUUAUCCUGAGUUGGAAUUUGCCAUGGAUUUUUUAAUAUUUAAAGACUGCAAAAGUUGUGGCAGCAAACUACACCAUUGCUCAGCAUGCAAAUAAGCUGUCACAGAAACAUAUCAUAGACAUAUAACAAGCUGUUAGCAUAACACACAAAGGCCAACAAUCUACAGCAGAUACGUGCAUGAGUCUGGUGUCAAUGAGCUCAUCAUUUAAUAUGGGAGCCACUCCUGCUGAACAGCCCUGUACCUGCUGUACAACGUACACGUGAUUCAUCCAUACAUUAUCUCUCUCUCUUUCUCCCUCUCUAACACACACACAUAGAUGUGGCUGAAUGGUUGGUGUGGUGCAGUUAGUGUUGUAUGGUGGUGUCAUGCUGUGUCGCACCACUCAAUGAUGACUGGUAUUGCAGAGAAGUGUAGUCAUUGAGGAAACAUGUAACCCCUGGUUACAAAUGGGUUGCUAACUUGUCCUACCCUUCUCUACUUUUUCAUCCAACCUAACCACUUUCUCUUUCUCCUAUCUGUCACCUUCUGAUCUUGAGACGACUUAUUUUUUCCACAUACUUGUUGCACAUACUGAAGGUGGCAUGUAACAAAAUAAGUGAUUCUUGAAAGGAAAUUCUUGAAAUGUUUAAGAAGGUGGUGAUAAUUGUGAUGAUUUUUAUUUUAUUUUUUUUGUGAUCAUGAUUAUUAGACCAAUUAUGGACUGACAAAGUACUCUGAAGAUCAUUUAUAAAUUCUAAU